AUGGAUUACCACCUGCUUGGACUAAUUCUGUCUUUUCUCUUCAAUGGCACAAAGGUCUUAGCCGGUUACCCAAUUUGGUGGUCCCUGGCCCUGGGCCAGCAGUACAGCUCCCUGGGCUCCCAGCCCAUCCUCUGUGGCUCCAUCCCCGGCCUGGUGCCCAAGCAGCUCCGCUUCUGCCGCAACUACAUCGAGAUCAUGCCCAGCGUGGCCGAGGGGGUGAAGCUGGGCAUCCAGGAGUGCCAGCACCAGUUCCGGGGCCGCCGCUGGAACUGCACCACCAUCGACGACAGCCUGGCCAUCUUCGGGCCUGUCCUGGACAAAGCCACGCGCGAAUCCGCCUUCGUGCACGCCAUCGCCUCGGCCGGGGUGGCCUUCGCUGUCACCCGCUCCUGCGCCGAGGGCACCUCCACCAUCUGUGGCUGCGACUCCCACCACAAGGGACCCCCGGGGGACGGCUGGAAGUGGGGGGGGUGCAGCGAGGACGCCGACUUCGGUGUGCUGGUGUCCCGGGAGUUCGCGGACGCGCGGGAGAACCGGCCGGACGCGCGCUCGGCCAUGAACAGGCACAACAACGAGGCUGGCCGGACGACCAUCCUGGACCACAUGCACCUCAAGUGCAAGUGCCACGGGCUCUCGGGGAGCUGCGAGGUCAAGACCUGCUGGUGGGCCCAGCCCGAUUUCCGGGCCAUCGGGGACUACCUGAAGGAUAAAUACGACAGCGCCUCGGAGAUGGUGGUGGAGAAGCACCGCGAGUCCCGGGGCUGGGUGGAAACUCUCAGGGCCAAGUACGCGCUUUUCAAGCCGCCAACAGAGCGGGACCUGGUCUACUAUGAGAACUCCCCCAAUUUCUGUGAGCCCAACCCGGAGACGGGCUCCUUUGGGACGAGGGACAGAACGUGCAACGUCACCUCCCACGGCAUCGACGGCUGCGACCUGCUGUGCUGCGGGCGGGGCCACAACACGCGGACUGAGAAGCGCAAGGAGAAGUGUCACUGCAUCUUCCACUGGUGCUGCUACGUCAGCUGCCAGGAGUGCACGCGGGUCUACGACGUCCACACCUGCAAGUAA